AGACACCGGUAGUUCCGCUUCCGGCAGCACCAGAUAAGUCGCGAGAGGAAGCUUAAAUCCUGUCGUUUGCUUUUAGGACCACUUUCGGUUCAUGAUGGUCCGUAGUGGAAAAAAUGGUGACCUUCAUCUUAAGCAGAUUGCGUAUUAUAAACGAACUGGUGAAUAUCAUCCAACUACGCUACCAAGUGAGAGGAGUGGCAUAAGAAGAGCAGCAAAAAAAUUUAUCUUCAGAGAAAAAAAGCUGUUUUAUGUUGGAAAAGACAGAAAACAAAAUCGUUUGGUGGUUGUUUCAGAAGAAGAAAAAAAGAAAGUCCUAAGAGAAUGCCAUGAAAAUGACACUGGAGCUCAUCAUGGCAUAUCCAGGACCCUUACUCUAGUGGAAUCCAGUUAUUAUUGGACUUCUGUGACCAAUGAUGUCAAACAGUGGGUAUAUGCUUGUCAGCAUUGCCAAGUGGCAAAAAAUACAGUUAUUCUAGCUCCUAAACAGCACUUUCUCAAGGUGGAGAAUCCAUGGAGUAUAGUUACUGUUGAUCUGAUGGGCCCAUUUCAUACAAGCAUCAGAAGUCACGUGUAUGCUAUAAUCAUGACAGAUUUGUUCACAAAAUGGGUUGUGAUUUUGCCUCUCUGUGAUGUUUCACCAUCAGAAGUUUCUAAAGCUAUUAUCAAUAUAUUUUUCUUAUAUGGACCACCACAGAAAAUAAUAAUGGACCAAAGAGAGGAGUUCAUUCAUGAGAUCAAUGUUGAACUAUGUGGAUUGUUUGGCACAAAGCAAAUUGUAAUUUCUCACGCCUCCCAAGCUGUUAAUCGAACUGAAAGUACAUCUAGCACAAUCAAAGCAUUUCUUUGUAAACACUGUGCUGACCACCCAAACAACUGGGAUGAUCACCUAUCAGCCAUUUCAUUUGCCUUCAAUGUAACUCACUUGGAACCUACUAAAAAUACACCAUAUUUUCAAAUGUUUAAUCGAAAUCCUUAUAUGCCUGAGACUUCAGAUAUUCUUCAUGAAGUGGAUGGUGAUGAUACAAGUAUGUUUGCCAAAAUUCUAGGUGCAGUUAAAGAAGCUGAUAAAUUAUCAAAAAUGGAGAAUAAGACAGCAUCAGGACGACAGGUGGAGAACAACAAUUUUGAGGAACUGAAUAAAAGCAAAGUCAUUGUUAAAAAGAAACCAAAGCAGUUAAAUCCAUUUCAUCUAAAAGUAGGUCAUGAAGUUUUACGACAAAGGAAGAAUUGGUGGAAGGAUGGUCGUUUCCAGUCUGAAUGGGUUGGUCCUUGUGUCAUAGACUAUAUUACCGAAAGUGGAUGUGCUGUUCUGAGAGACAACACUGGGACUAGACUUAAAAGACCUAUCAAAAUGUCCCACCUUAAGCCCUAUGUAAGAGAGUCCAGUGAACAAGACAGUCUUUAUCUCUUGCAAGGUUCGGUAGUGGCAGAUCAUGACUACAUCGGAUUGCCUGAAAUUCCAGUUGGAGCAUACCAAGCAAAUAUUCUGGUAGAAGAUGCAACUAUUGGCGUAGUCGAUAAUGAAUUACUGACAUCAAGCAAAGAUGGUGAACUAUUAGAAUAUAGAAGUGCCAAAAUCUCUCCAUUGCUGGAAGAUCAUAGUACUCUUGAAAAGCAGACUUUCAGUCUGUUGGACUCUUCAAACCAAGUCCUUGAGUACUUAAAGACAAGCUGGUGUAGCCUCACCUGUGGAAUACCGCCACCACGGCAAGGGGAGAACAUACCCAGCACCAUGAAGAGACUUGCUGUCACGUCAUGCACAACCUUCCAUCUCCAAUUAUGGUGGUCAAACCUAGUCAUACACUGCUAACAGGUUCCCAGAAUUCUCGGACUCCUCGAGCCCGGCACUGAUGAGCAGCAAAGCAGGGCGAGCUGGACUCAGCUCUCUUUGUCCCAACGCCGUCCUGUCCCAAGGACAACCCACCCCCAGCUCCUGCAGGUGUACUGCUUCAGCGGUCCAGACAUUUGGAAUGUGCUUCCCAGCUUCAUCCACUGUCCUGGGAUGGACCAGGAAGGCCUUGAAAGAGGUUCUCCAGGUCCUUGUAAGGAGCACACAGAAGGAAUUCCUUAGUCUGCUGAGUAGCUGGAGGAGACCAGAAAGCCAAUGACAACUUCAUUCCUCUCCCCUACCUCGCAAUGAAACCUCUGUUAGUUCUGAAAGGUCUCAAGAACUGAAGUGGAGAAUGGAGGAGAAACUAAAGGAAAGAUAAUUACUCUGGAAGCUGGAUUAAGAAUGGACAGAGAAAGGGCAAUGGAAGACUGGUUAUGAGGCUGUUGCAGUAAUUGAGGGCUUUGCCGUGGGCACUGAAUCCCUGCCAUGGCUGCCUUGGCCUGAAAUAGAAUCAGAUGCUACUUCUUGAUCGAAUGCUGCCUCCCACCCUGGCCCACAGAUUCCUUCCCCAACACAGUUGUAGACUCUUGCCUUAGGGCCUGGGAAGCCAGCCAAGGGACUGCUCCUGGGAGGUGCUCGGCAGCUACCGAGAGCUGAAGAGCCACAUGGGAAGUGACACCAGGGUGGAAGCCAAUAGCUCCUCUGCUUUGCCAAAGCCAUCAUCUCCCUCUGGAGCUAACUUGGAAUUAACAUUGGCUUUCAAUGUAACAGACAUUACUCCAGGCAUCAAGAAUUUCCUGUGGAGUAUCUGUGGAAACAAGGGGAUAACUGCCAGGAAAAAAAAAAAAAAAGUGUUUCUCUCUACUUUUUAAAAAUCAGCUUAAUCCCUGAAAUGAAACCAAACAGGUCGUUUAACAACUGCCAAUUAUGCUUUGAUUUCCUUCUCCUAUCAAUAAAAAGAGAAGGGAAUGCAAAUAUUUUUUUCACAUGCUCUUAAGCAAUGCAACUGAGGGAAAAUGUGGACAAUAAUACUCUAAAAAUCAUACUUUCAGUCAGGGUGAACUUCCACACAGUGUUGGUGUGAGCGUCUCCAACAUACACAGUCCCAUCUUCUGACGCAGCAAUAUCGUGAGGCAUGUCAAAGUGCUGCCAGAAUAAAAAUGAGGGUGGUGAGCCUACACUUGAAUUCUUCAUGAAAAGGCAGAAAAACAAAGCAAAGCACACAACAAAGCAAGAAGCCUAUGAAUCAAACCAAACAACCUAUAAUUCUGUCAAAGCAACUCUAGGCCAAGAAGAAGCAUUCACUCAUUCACCAGGCACCGACUCUGCCACCUCGGGAAAUGCCAAGGGACCCUCACCACUGACUUUCAAAUCUUUUAAAAGUGAGCAUUUAUAGGAAGAUUAAUUUUUUACAGUUUUGUUUACUUGGUGUUACAUUAGCCACCUAUUUAGUUAUAUGUAUUUUUGCCUCCAUGUUUCUUUCUUCUUUUAAUCACUAUCACAUUUGCCUGUUUUAAUUUACACAAGUAAAAAAAGACUGAGUAUUAAUUUUUGUUAUUGCUCCCAUCAAGCUACCUACCAUAUGCUACCUGACAAGCUGUUUAUACGUUACUGAUAAGAGGAGUCAUUUCAAAGUUUCAGGGCAUUCAGUCUGAAUGCAUCCAAAGUGAUACGCAGCAAAUGUGGGGUUUGCUUACUCUGAAGCCCAGUAUUUGUAGUAUUUUCAGUCAGCAAAAGGAAACAAAUACAGUGUUUCCUGCAAGUACUUCCUGUUUUUUGUUUUUUGUUUUUUUUACCUAUUUCAACAUUCAGUGGUUUAAUGUUUUUCUUCAUGACAUAGUUCCAUUUCAAAUCAUUGCCAUCUCAGUCAUGAGGACAUGAGACAGGGGAGCACUUUUUGUGACUUUCCUAAGGUCACUAAACUAGUUCCUGGAAAAGCAGCCUUAAAAUGUUGUGCUGCUGCCAUCUCUGUCUGGCUACUGAAGCUUUCGGAGGUGCCACAUGUCCACCAGCUGGUAGGACGUGGAUGAUUUUUUUCACCUUUGAGGUCAGUAGGCCUGAGUAUACAGUUCUCGGAAAUAUGACCAGUGCGUGUGAACAGGAGCAUUAUCCUGCCUGUGGUCUUAUCAGACAGGAUCUGCCCACUUCAGUUUGCUGAGUACAAAGGGCACCGAUGAGGCAAACUACUGUUCCUAGCUCACUUUAGGCGGGCAGAAUACAUGCUGUGGAGAUACUAUUGUACUUUGCGAAUCAGCAACAAUUUGUCAAACUGAAAAGAAACAUGAGACAGCCAUGCCAAGGAGGCUCAUUCCUUCAUACUAUCAAAUGAGCUGUGACAAAUGCACAUGAGAAGAACAGAAAGCCAGAAAUCAAAAUGUUGCCUUGUUGAAAUCUCACAAGCCAGUCAUUAAAUGUUCAUCUUUAUUUUGGGUUCAGCUAAUACGUGGCAACAGACUUGUAAAUUCUAGGCAGUUCCUCUUCUGUACCAAAAUAUGUUCUUAGAAACUGCUUUGCAAAGCAUAUGGUUGUAAAGUGCUGCAUAUUUUCUGAUAGGAAAAAUAAUAUAAAUAGGUGAGGGGGAAAUGUGUGAACUCGUCAUUAGCUAAGGACUUUAGUUUAAAUAAAUCACAAUAUGUCAUCAAUUCCAUGCUACAAUAACAAUGAACUUCUCUCUGGUUCUCAAGCUGAUCCAGGGAGCCAGGGGUUCUGCUGGAGAUACUCUGCGGCCAUUGGAGGGGCUGAGGGGGGAGAAAUAGUGGAUAGGACUUCGGGACCUCUAUUCCUACUGCAAUCAGAAGCACUCAACUGUAAUUUCUUUAAUGAACUAUUCUGUUUUGUGUUAUCUGAAACAGAAAAUCAUGUUGUAAGCUUUAGGAUUUCAGAGUUGAAUGGAUUUAAAGACCUUCCAGUCUAGGCUUUGUAAACUUUUCUGAGGUUUCUCCUCUCUUCUCUUGAAGUACCCCUCCCUAGCAAAGUAACACUGACAAGAAAGAAUGACAGCAUCCUCCUGGGGCAUCUGAUGACACAGCCCAGGGCAAUCAACCUGCUCUCAAAAUCUUAUACUCUGUCUUAAAAGUGCAUAAGGGAUUUGUGUUCUCUGUACAGUUAUGUUUUCUUCAACAUAAAAUAAUGUUUAAACUUACUUAAUAUGAAGUAAAAUAGCUCUCUAAGAAGUUGCAUCGAGUUAUGUUGUAGUUUAAUAUAAUCCAUUGGUAUAUGGAUGUGUACCUCCGGGAAUUAAAAGGUUAAAACACA